AUGUCUAAUAAACCUCGACCUCUUCUUCCUUUAACACCCGACCAAAACCAACAAAUUUCCCAAGAUCAAUAUCAAAAUAUACAAGGAGAACAAGGGGAUAAUACAGACGAAUAUACACCUAAUAAAUUCUAUAAUAAUGAUGGACUAUCUAGGGCUUCCGAGCGAAGGGAUCAACUAAAAAAACGACGGAGUGAUCACCGUCCACUUCAAUAUCAACAAUAUACUCAAUACGCAUCAAAUAGUACAUCAUCACCUCAGGAUUCUAAUCAAUCUGAUGUCCAAGUUCGACAUUCUGUUCAUUCUGUUGAACCAAAUGAUCAAAUUAUCAAUAAUAAUUUUUAUCAACGUAGUAAAGCACGAACUUCUAUAGUUUCAGAUGAUGAAAACACUGCUAAUGACUUAGAUGAAAAAGGUCAACCAUUUGACUUAUCACCUACUAUUGAUCAAAAAGUCAGAAGGGAUUCUCAUACUCAUAAUGUGACUUCUGCUAGUGACGCGUAUCGGCCUCGUCCUCCUGAUUCUUUAAAUCCUUCAGGCUCUCGUCUUGGUCCUAAUACUAAUACUACAGGUGCUCAAACUCGUCGUCAAAAAUCUCUUGUGAAACCUGAACGUGCACGUAAUCAUCGACGUCAAAUGGAUUAUCAAAGAAAUGAUAAUAUUGAAAAUGCAAAUAAUAGAUGGAGUGCAUUUGCUGGUGAUAAUGAUAGACGACGAAGUCAAGGUGGUCGUCAAUCAGGUGAUCGUAGAGUAUCAUCAAACGUGCCUCAAAAAAAGAAAAAAUGGUAUCAAUGUCAAUGUCCAUCUGCUUGGGUAAUGUUCUCAAGAUGUAUUACCUGUUGGGCUCCUCCAUUUUUAUCUUGUUAUGGAAUGACUGAUGUAUUGGCUCAACAUGCUUGGCGUGAAAAGGUUGCCCUUGUUGUUAUUAUACUUCUUCUUUGUGGAGCUGUUGGUUUUUUGACUUUUGGGUUUGAUCAAGUUUUUUGUGGUACUCCACCUGCGCGAAUUCGUUCUGGUGUAAUUAAUAAUAAUCAAAUUUCUAUACUUGGAAGAGUUUAUAAUAUCAAAGGAUUUAAUCAUCCACCAAUUCAGGGUAUAAUAAAUAGUACAAAUUUUGAAAAAACUGCUGGUGGUAAUGAUCUGACUUUCAUGUUUCAGGGUGUUAACGUUGAUUGUAAAGGUGUAUUUAUUCCCAUUCAACCGGCAGAUAGCAAUGGAAAUGUUUAUAAUUAUUUCCCUUGCGUUGCACUUAGUAAUGAUCCUUCAGUUCCAAAUAAUACUGCUGAUCCUGAAAGAAGUGCUUGUCAUGGUUCUAGUAGGGCGAGAAAUACUAUAUCAUCUCUGAAAUAUGUUGGUGAUAUUUUUUUCGAAUGGGAUGAUGUACAAUCAUCAAAUCAUAAUUACGUUGUUUAUAAUGGACAAGUUUUUGAUAUGGAUCGUCUUCAAUGGAUAGUGCCAAAUAUCAUUUUACCUAACACGCUCAAACCAUUAGCGUUUGCACAAACAAACACUUUUCGUGGUAGAGAUAUGACUUAUUUUUUGCAAAAGAGUAAUACAAAUAUAAAAAUGGCAAAGUGUUUGGAGGAGAACUUACGUGUUGGUGUCCUUGAUACAAUAUCUAUCGGUUGUGUUAUUUCCACUGCUGUGAUGCUUGUUUCUUUACUUUUUAUAGCUGGUGUGGUUUUGGUUAGAUUUUUCUUGGCUGUUUUAUUUGGAUGGAUAUUAAGUUGGCGAUUAGGAAGUUUUCGUGAAGAAACUGCUGAAGAAAUUGCAAAAAGAGAACGGGAAAUUGAAUUAUGGUCAGAUGAAAAUAAUCAUUUUUAUCCUUCUACAAACAAAUCUCGGUUUUCGACACCUAAUUUCAAUAGUAGUCCUAUACCAUAUGGUAGGAGAAUGGAAAGUCGGUCGAGCAGUAGAAACAACACUUUUACUGCAGUAAAUGGGACAAAAGAAUUCAAUCACAGUUCAAGAAAUAGUCGACCAUCAUCAAUUAAUGAAUAUAGUCAAAGUCGUGCAGAUUCAAUGACUUCUACAUCAUCUGCUGCACAAUCAGCAACUUAUCCAAAUAAUGUUGUUAUUCCUGAACAACGUUAUAAUUUUCCUUUGAUGCACACUAUUUUAUUGGUUACAUGUUAUUCUGAGGGUAAACAGGGUAUAAAAACAACCUUAGAUUCAUUAGCUAGAACAGAAUACCCUAAGUCGCAUAAAUUAUUACUCUGUAUAGCUGAUGGUAUUAUUUAUGGCAAUGAAAAUGAUCUUUCGACACCAGACAUUUGUGUUUCAUUGAUGAGUGAUUUUCUUAUUCCUCCUGAUGAAGUUGAACCUCAUUCUUACGUUGCAAUAGCAGAUGGUAAAAAGCGACAUAAUAAGGCAAAGGUUUAUGCUGGUUAUUAUGCUUAUCGAGAACUGGAUGGGAGGCAAGAUCGUAUUCCUAUGAUCACUAUAGCUAAAUGUGGUGGUCCUGGGGAAGAAAAUGAUAAUAAAAAACCUGGAAAUCGUGGUAAACGUGACUCUCAAAUUAUUUUGAUGAGUUUCUUACAAAAAGUUAUGUUCAAUGAAAGGAUGACUCGACUUGAAUAUGAAUUUUUUACUGCAAUUCGAACUGUCUGUGGGGUUACUCCUGACUUUUUUGAAAUUGUUCUUAUGAUUGAUGCUGAUACAAAAGUUUUCCCUGAUUCAUUGGUUCGAAUGGUUGCCUGUAUGUCACAUGAUUCAAGUGUAAUGGGACUUUGUGGGGAAACAAAAAUUUCAAACAAAAAUGAUACUUGGGUGACAAGGAUUCAAGUUUUCGAAUACUAUAUUAGUCACCAUUUACAAAAGGCAUUCGAAUCCAUUUUUGGUGGUGUCACUUGUUUGCCCGGUUGCUUUUGCAUGUACAGGAUUAAAGCACCAAAAGGCGAGAAUGGAUACUGGGUUCCUAUUCUUGCAAAUCCGGAUAUUGUUGAACAAUACUCUGAAAAUGUUGUUAAUACUUUACAUAAGAAAAAUUUACUUCUUCUCGGAGAAGAUCGAUAUCUUACAACUCUUAUGCUUAAAAACUUUCCUAAACGAAAAACAUUAUUUGUUCCUCAAUCAGUUUGUAAAACUGUAGUACCUGAUACAUUCCGUAUACUUCGUUCUCAACGUCGUCGAUGGAUCAAUUCCACAGUGCAUAAUCUUUUAGAACUUGUUCUUAUUCCUGAUUUAUGUGGAACUUUCUGCUUUUCCAUGCAAUUCGUUAUAUUUAUGGAGUUGGUUGGCACAGUUGUACUUCCUGCUGCUAUCUCUUUCACCAUGUAUUUAAUAGUAAUAUCGUUCUUUCAAAAUCCUCCUCCUAUAGUUCCUUUGCUUCUUUUGGCUGCUGUAUUAGGUUUGCCUGCUAUUCUCAUUAUGGUGACAACACGUAAAAUUAUUUAUGUUGGUUGGAUGUUAAUUUACCUUUUAUCAUUACCAAUAUGGAAUUUUGUUCUUCCAUCAUACGCAUUUUGGCAUUUUGAUGAUUUUUCAUGGGGUAAAACUCGCGAAGUGAAGGGGGAGGAUGAAGGUGGUCAUGCUGAUCAUUCAAGAAGGGAAGGAGAGUUUGAUAGUUCACAUAUUGUAAUGAGACGAUGGGCUGAAUGGGAAAGGUAUAGACUUCGUCGGGAUUCACAACACCGAAUACAAUCAGUACAAUUAUCUCCUGAUGAAAAUUUUAAUAUACCAUCAACACGCCCAUCAUCGGCAUCAACAAUGUAUGGUAGUGAAAAAUCAGAAUCCAUACCCAUAGGACCAAUGAAUGCAAGGAGUGGUAUUAGAAGAAAAACUGAUUCACUAAUGGUACCACCUCCAUUAAGUAGCGAUCCUUCAACACCAGUUUCACCACCUACACCAUCUAGUACUAUCCCAUAUGAGGGUUAUGUAUCAUCCAAUGGCGAUUAUUCACAAAUGUCACAACCAAUUUAUAUGGCACCAUCAAGAUCAAACACUAAUAGUACAACCUAUAGUUAUAGUAGUAAUCCACAUGCUGGCAUUAUUGGGGGUGCUUCAUAUUCAAAUGGAUAUGAAGAAAAUAAUCAUAUUCAACAACGUAGAGAAUUUUAA